CCGAACUCGGCCAAGGGGGAAACGCAGCAAGUCUAGACGAGACAGACUGAACAUCCCCAAACGUCAAUCAACAUCAACAUCAACUUCUACACCCACGGACAAACGCGAUAACAACUACUACCACGGCCCAUUGACCCAUUGACCCUCGACACGCCCACUCCCCACCCCCCAAAACGAAUCAAUCGCACCAUACACGCAUCCAACGCAUAAACCACAACCUCCCCAACCAAACACCAAGACAGAGACACGGGAAACGAGUCGAGUCGAGUCAAACGGCAUGAGGAGGAAUGCCACCCCUCAUCCACCUCCCUCCUCCUCUUCCUCACUACUACCACAAACACCACCCUCCCAUCCGAAUACCCACCGCACGCCCUCCCACCUCCCGACCCUUCACAACCACCCGUCCCCUCCUCACCAACGAUGACGCCUCCGCGCAACAACAAACACAAACCCACUACGAAACCCUCUCCCUGCUCCCCUCCGCAACCCCCCAGGAAAUAAAGCGCCAAUUCUUCUCCCUCUCCAAAUCCCACCACCCGGACAAGAACCCAAACGACCCCACCGCCUCCGCCCGCUUCGUCAAGAUCUCCGAAGCCUACCACGUCCUCUCGUCCCCGGACCAGCGCGCCCGGUACGACGCCACGCUCCCCCAUGCCCACCACGGUAGACCGGGGGGGGCACAGUGGUACGGACGCAGCCACUCGUCCGCGCAGACGCACGCGGGGGGCCGCCCAGCGACGGGGUUGAACAAGAAGAGAGGCACGUUCAAGGGGCCGCCGCCGAGCUUCUUCAAGGCGGGCGGGUACGGGGAUACCGGUGCGAAGCGCGCGGCGUACGAGCACCAUUAUUCGCAUCCUCAUGCGUCCUCCUCAUCUUCCUCGCAUGGUAGCAGCCAUGGUGGAGGUGGAUACGAAGAGCCUGGGAGCGAGGUCCCGCAUUUCGACGAGGGGAGGCAUAAGCGGAUGCAUGAUAGUGUGAAUGAGCAUAUUCUGGGGAGGAGGCGGAGGAGGGCCGCCGCCGCGUGGGAGGAGAGGGUCGCGGCGGCGGGGGGGCCCGGCGGGUUUGGUCCCAUUGCGAGGUUUGCGCUUGUGAGUGGUAUGGUGGGUGUUUUUGGGGCGGUGGUCAUGGCAUUCAGUGAGAGGGAUGCGGCGGCGGAUAAGAAGAGGAAGAGGUCGUAGUAUGGGGGAGGGGGAUUUGUAUGAUAUCGGUUGAUUGAUUGAUUGAUAUACCUGGGUAGGGUGGAGCUUCUUGUACAUACAUACAUUAUAUGGGGUUAGACAUGGCAAUUGGCAUGCAUGGCGGCGUCACGUCACGUCAAACAUACACUUCAUCGGCGGGGUAUCGGCGUUUUUACAUAUAUAUCCAAUUUCAAACGGCAUUUUCUUCAAAAGAGUUCUA